AUGAUAACCCCUGACCUUGAGAGUGGGGUCAAAGUGUGGCACCUGGUCAAGAACCACGAGCAUGGAGACCAGAAGGAGGGAGACCGUGGCAGCAAGAUGGUCUCCGAGAUAUACCUGACCAGGCUGCUGGCCACCAAGGUAACACCCAGCUUACAUAUUUCUUUAUGUACCAAGCGUUGUCCCUCCAUAUUUCAAUUAUACUACAGUAUAUAUUUCAAUUAUACUACAGUAUAUAUAUAUACAUUACAGUGGUUUUGGUUUACAUAACUGGUGGUACGGUCCUGUAUUUUGGAUCCCAUGGUUAGUGACAGACUUUCAUCUGCUUAGGUUAUUGCCUAUUCAUUUAGGAAAUCAGUUGUUGUUUAGUGAGUUUAUGUAUGUCUGACCUGGUGUGUCCAUUGUUUUUACCCAGGGUACACUGCAGAAGUUUGUGGAUGACCUGUUUGAGACGUUGUUCAGUACCGUCCACCGGGGUAGCGCCCUGCCCCUCGCCAUCAAAUACAUGUUUGACUUCCUGGACGAGCAGGCGGACAAACACGGCAUCCACGACCAAGAUGUCCGCCACACAUGGAAGAGCAACUGGUGAGGAACCUGGAGGAUGUAGAAUAGGAAUGAUAGGAUGCAUCAAUAGGCUGUAUAAUGUAUGAUGUGAUGUGUAUCAAUCAGAGGAUGAUACACUGAGUCAUCUGUAAGAAACUUUCCAAAAUAUAACAUUACUGGAUUCUACCUGUCUGGAGUUAAGAGCCUCAAGCUCCUCCCUAAAGCCAGCACUUUAGUGACCCAGAAAGAGGAGAGAAAUACAGUACUGAUAGUUAGUGGAUUCUGACUCAGUGCUUUCAUGACCCAGAGAGUGAAGAAAAAUACUGAGAGGGGAUUCUGACUGACUAAUUUCUGUGCCCUCUCUCUCAGCCUCCCGCUGCGGUUCUGGGUGAACGUGAUCAAGAACCCCCAGUUUGUGUUUGACAUCCAUAAGAGCAGCAUCACAGACGCCUGUCUGUCUGUGGUGGCCCAGACCUUCAUGGACUCCUGCUCUACAUCAGAGCACCGCCUGGGCAAGGACUCCCCCUCCAACAAGCUGCUCUACGCUAAAGACAUCCCCAACUACAAGAGCUGGGUAGAAAGGUAAGAGUGAGACAAAAUAUACACAUACAAUUCUAUUUCCUAGUUUUCUUACCCCUCAUGAACAAUUUUAGUCCUGGAUACACUUGCAGUAUGUUUAAGCAAUAAGGCAUGAGGCGGUGUGGUAUAUGGCCAAUAUACCACAGCUAAGGCCUGGUCUUACGCACGACGUAACACGGCGUGCAUAUAUCACAAACCCCUGAGGUGCCUUAUUGCUAUUAUAAACUGGUUACCAACGUAAUUAAAAAAUAAAUGUUUUGUCAUACCCGUGGUAUACGUUCUGAUAUACCACGGCUGUCAAUCAAUCAGCAUUCAGGGCUCGAACCACCCAGUUUAUAAUAAGUAUUAUAUAUGUACUCCACAGGAGGUUGGUGGCACCUUAAUUGGGGAGGAUCGUGGUAAGGGUUGGAGCGCAAUAAGUGGAAUGGCAUCAAAUACGUGGUUUCCAUGUGUUUGAUGCCAUUCCAUUCGCUCCUUUCCCGCCAUUAUUAUGAGCCGUCCUCCCCUCAGCAGCCUCCUGUGAUGUACUCGUAAAAUGUGAGGAAUAUGUAGAAGAAUGAGGCUCAACUUUCCAGCAAAGAAUUCUGGUGUAGAUUGUUUCGCCUCUCUGCAUGUUGAAACUGAGUGCCGCCCCCUGUGUGUGCCUCCAGGUACUACGCGGACAUUAACCGUCUGCCAGCCAUCAGUGACCAGGACAUGAAUGCCUAUCUGGCAGAGCAGGCCAGGCUCCACUCCACAGAAUUUAACAUGCUCAGUGCUCUCAACGAGAUCUACUCCUAUGUCUCCAAAUACAGCGAGGAGGUGAGUCCUAACACACACAUAGACAAUAAUGGCCAUUCUUAUAACAGGCUAGGACAUGCUAUAGUCUUAUCGCCUCUCCUCUUCAGUCAAGUCUAGUUCAAGGUCAUUCCUAACUAAUUUACAGUGUUUCAAAUACUUUCAGAGAUGCCAAGAGUUUCUCUGAUCUUAUGGUAUUCAUCAAAAUAACCAUACCCCCCUCCGCCACGUCACAUAACCCAUCCUAAGUGCCAUAUGCCCUGGGCCAGUGAGCGCUGUGGGUGGAUGAUAUGUGGAGGAGAGACAGGAACAGCGGCUGUACAAGCAGCUCAGCAUGCUACUCCAUCCCCUGAGUGGUGUGAAGGAACACAGCCCUGUUCUCUCUCUCUCUCUCUCUCUCUCUCUCUUUCUGUGUGGCUCUCUUGAGCAGAAUCAAGACGUGGCAGAUGCCUUGUCUCAGAUCACAGGGAGAGUGGAGAGGGGGGUUGAGGGAAAGAAAGAACGAGAGAGAGAGAGGGCAAAGAGAGAGAGAGAAAAAUGGAGAGAGAAAAUUUGGGAGAAAAUGAGGGAGAACAUUUGAGAGAGGGAGAGGGAUGGGAGAGUCUGACAAAGAAGAGACGGAGAGAGAGAGAGCGAAAGAGAAAAGGUUCUGUAAUGGAAACGUUCCGGAUGUAAUGUCAGCACCUCUUCUGAGAGCCAUUAGUCUGACCUUUAUAUGAGACCACAUUCACAAGACUAAGAGCCCACUCCCUCUUCUCUCUCCCUUUCUAUUCCAUUUAUCUAUCUCUCUUUCACUCUCUCCUCUCUGUUUCUCUCUCUUCUUCCCUAUCUGCCCUAAGAGCUUGAAGCUGCUGCCACUAGAGCUAGCGCUCACUUCUACUCUCUCUCAUUUUACCUCUCAGAGACCACCUCUCCUACUCUCUCUCGUUUUACCUCUCAGAGACCACCUCUUCUACUCUCUUUUUUUACCUCUCAGAGACCACCUCUCCUACUCUCUCUUGUUUUACCUCUCAGAGACCACCUCUUCUACUCUCUCUCAUUUUACCUCUCAGAGACCACCUCUCCUACUCUCUCUCGUUUUACCUCUGAGACCACCUCUCCUACUCUCUCUCGUUUUACCUCUCAGAGACCACCUCUUCUACUCUCUCUCAUUUUACCUCUCAGAGACCACCUCUUCUACUCUCUCUCUCAUUUUCCCUCUCAGAGACCACCUCUUCUACUCUCUCUCGUUUUACCUCUCAGAGACCACCUCUCCUACUCUCUCUCGUUUUACCUCUCAGAGACCACCUCUUCUACUCUCUCUCAUUUUACCUCUCAGAGACCACCUCUUCUACUCUCUCUCUCAUUUUCCCUCUCAGAGACCACCUCUUCUACUCUCUCUCGUUUUACCUCUGAGACCACCUCUUCUACUCUCUCUCGUUUUACCUCUCAGAGACCACCUCUUCUACUCUCUCUCAUUUUACCUCUCAGAGACCACCUCUUCUACUCUCUCUCAUUUUACCUCUCAGAGACCACCUCUUCUACUCUCUCUCAUUUUACGUCUCAGAGACCACCUCUUCUACUCUCUCUCAUUUUACCAUCUCGCACUUUCUUCCCGCUUUGUUUCCUUCUCUUUUAUCUCAUGCUCUUCCCCCACCUCUAGCUUUCUUUCUCUCUCUCUCACACACACAGACACACACAAACACACACACACACACACACACACACACACACACACAAACAAAGACACACAGACACACACACAUACACACACACAGACACACACUCAUGCCCUCGCUCUGUCUCUCCUCUUCUCUCUCUCUCUCUCUCUCUCUCUCUCUCUCCGGGGCACGGUGUGAAAAGGCCCUUAUCAUUGGCCGUCGGUUGUUUGUUCCAUUCCUGGCUCCUUGUGCGGCCCCUCUAGCAGGCUAGCGCAGUGCUAAAUGGAUUUGUGGGAUGGCGGAGGGAGGGAGGGAAGGAAGGAAGGAGGGAGCUGAACCUGCAUACAUCACAACAGAUUAAUAAUAGAUUGAUAUGAGGAGGAGAGGAGAGGGGGAUGAGGAGGAGAGACUCCGCUGGGCUCUGCUCUGCCAGCUCUAAGAGCACUUAGGCAGAUGAGAGGGAGACAACAGGCAGGGAGGCAUGCAGUGUACUAUGGGACAGGCUGCUGGAGCUAUGUACAGACUGCAAACAGACCUUAAGAGAAACUAGUCUUAAUUAAUGUCCCCACAAUGUUUUUAGAACAAUGCCUAGUUAUGAGAACAUUGUGGAUUCCUGGGGGUGCAUAGAAACCUUUUUCAUCCCUUUUUCUUGUCCACGGUUCACAAUCACAUACAAUACAUUUCUGUCAUAUAGAAAAUGGAGAGAUGUGCUGCAUUAGCAUUGAUCCAUACCUUUAAUCAGUGUCACUUUAUAUUGACUCACUGUGUGGCAUGGCCCGUACCUGUGAUCUUAUUGGGUAUUAUUUCUCCUGUUUGAUAUGAGCACAUGAAAAAGCACCGCCAGCUCCCGCGUUGUCACCCUGGCGUACAUACAGCGUGUUCUGACUGUGUGACACCGCAGACAGCAGAGAGGAGACCCUGUUGGUGGAUUCCCCUUUGAAUAACUUGACAAAUGGCACGUUUUUACAGAGGGACAACAGCAUAAGAUGAUACAGAGAAAAGGCAUUUCAUGAGUUGAAUUCCUCGGUUAUGUGCUACUCUCUCUGACAGAGACAAUUAUAUUUCCUCUUUAAUGUUAUAUUCAGGAAAUAAAAAUCCCACAUGAUCCCACCCAUCCAACAAACAGUGAAGUGUGGAUAUUUUGUAUGGUGACUGGCACAGACCAGAGUCAUAUAUGAAGACUAUAUGAAUGUGAUCCCUUACUGUUGAGUCAGCGUUGACUAUGGAGCUAACUCAGAGUUGUAAAUUCAGCAUUGCAUGAGUUAGCAUACUCUAAGCCAGUUGACAUACAAUGGACAUUAUGGAGUCCUAAUUCAAUUUAAGUCAAUACAACUUCAUUUAUUCCCAUCAGGGGCAUUUAAGAAAAGCAAAGCCAAAUUACAAAUGUCAACGUCCUCCACAUAUAACACUGUAACAGACAACAGACAUCGCAUUCCUCAAUACAUCUGUAUGUCUUCCCUGGGUUGAGUAUGAAACUGAAGCAUAUUAUUGGCCUGGGUUCACAGUAGGUUGACUUCCUGGUUUGACUGUGUUAGGAGUGACACUAAAGCAAGUUGUUGUCCUGUCUUCCCCCCUCCCAGAUCACCAUGGCCCUAGAGCAGGACGAGCAGGCUAAGAAACAGCGUCUGGCCUACAAGGUGGAGCAGCUCAUCUCAGCCAUGUCCCUGGAGAGCUGA